CAGGUACUCAUAUGUCAGAGGCAGCAGUAAAUAAGCAAUUAGCUGAUAAAGAAAGAAUAGCAGCAGCUCUUGAAAAUAAUCAUCUACUUGAAGUGAUUAAUCAAUGUAUUGGUAUAAAAUGUUAAUAUUAUCUAAAAAGGUCUGUUGGUUUAAGACGAUAAUACAUAGCUGUGUGAGAUUUCACGUGAACAAAAACAGAUUAAAGAAAGAAGAAGAAAAAAAUCGUGAAACGGAGAGGAAUGGCAGAAGACGGCACGGUUCUAAUUACAGAUCCACAUUGUCAGCGAAGGUCUCUAACCACCAUGCUUUGGCACCGACUGUCAAUUUCUCCACAAAAUAAUUCGUUAUCUGAAGAACUAAAAUUCAUAUCUACGAGAAAGUCAUCACGUAACACCAACCGUUGUGACAAAAUAACGAAUCGAACCUUCGAAACCUCCCAAGAACCUGGUAUUCGUCGCGUAGAGUGUAGAAGAUUGAAGAUCGCUUCUUCGACAGGAUUACCCACUUUACGCCCGGGUAGCAGGUCAACCAGGGCGAAAGAUAAUGGGAUUGAGCGUUCUUCGAAAAGAACAAGAUAGUGAAGCUGUCACAGGAGAGGAAUGACACCAAGUUCAGCCUUGUGUCAACGUCGUAUCGGGAUCCCUUUGAUCGUGCCGAUAAAACCUGGUUAGUACAGAAUUUUCGUGAAGACGAACACCUAGUUAGACGAAGUCAUUUUUGCUGAGAAAGCUGACCGUCCAUUACGUAUCAGUGUUCCAUUAAUUACAAAUCGUAAUAAUUAUUUUGGUUAGGAUCUAUAACCUUGUCUGAGAUUAUAUUAUGUGACGAUUCAUUUUGAUCAAUACAAUGAUCUGAUUUGUAGUCCAUAAGACUUCGUGUUUACGUAAGUUUAAAUUUCUGAAUGAGUUCUGUUCGUUUUCUGAAAUGACUACGCACUUUAUAUAGUGGACAAAGGAAAGUGUAAAAUUGAUAAUUGGACAUAUGAAAAUUAACAACUUUUGUACUAGACUUUUUUAAGAUAUCAUCCAUUCUUUCAUCUAUAUAUUAUAUCUAUUCAU